UAAUCCUUUUCUCUUUAAUAGCCCAAGGGAUGUUGGUUGCUCCCGAUGUGUGGCUCUCGUUCUUGACAAAGCAACUCCCUCAAGAUCAGAAAGAUCAAUCAAACUUAGUUAUCUAUGGAUGUCUUGCUGUUGUAUCCCUCAUGUUUAUAUUGACAAGAACAUAUGUAUUACUCUCCUGCUUUUUGCGAUGCUCUGAGCGUCUUCAUGACAAGAUGGUCGUUGGCACUUUACAAGCUCCUGUUUUAUUCUUUGAUUCGAAUUCCGUGGGAAGAAUCCUUAAUCGAUUUUCGAAAGAUAUCGGCUGGUUGGACGAGCAGUUACCAAGGAAAUUUCAACUAGCGAUCGACUCAACCUUAAAUGUGCUUGCAUCACUAAUUGUCCCAGCUGUUAUGAAUCCUUGGCUUAUUUUCAUACUUAUACCGUUGAUUUCGGUUGCAAUAUACCUGUCCACGUAUUAUUUGAAGACAUCCAGGGAACUUAAGAGGUUAGCGUCCAUAAGUCGUAGUCCAGUAUUCUCUCACAUUUCGGAGACCCUUGAUGGACUGGAGACGAUUCGGACCAGAGAGCGACAAAGUGAUUUUGUGGAUCAGUUUUACAGACAUCAUGAUGUUCUGAAUCAAGCAAACAUCUUGGUAAUGGCCGGUGGGAAAUGGAUCAGUGUGCGAUUUGAAAUUCUUGCAUCCUUAUUUGUUGGUGCAGUGGCUUUCUCAGCUGUUAUUAUGUCUCAAGAUGCCGGUGAGUUUACCAAGCUUGAAUGUGAGCCAGGAUACAUGAUCGAACGACGACCCCUGGAAAACUGGCCAAAUGAAGGAAAUAUCAUAUUCAAAGAAGUAUCCUUGAGAUAUUAUCCGGGAGGACCACAAGUGUUGAAGAAUAUCAAACUCAAUAUCAAAGGAGGAACAAAGAUCGGUGUCGCUGGCCGUACUGGUGCUGGAAAGUCAUCUUUUGUGGCAGCUCUAAUGCGCAUGCCUGAAUCGUGUGAUGAAAUAGUCAUUGAUGGAAUUCCAGUGAAGGAAAUCAACCUCCAGGAAACUCGACGAUGUAUAUCUGUCCUUGGUCAAAGUCCAGUACUGUUUAAUGGAUCACUGAGGAAAAAUCUGGAUCUUGUUGAGCAGUUUACAGAUGCAGAUUUAUGGCAAGUUCUACAAGAUGUGCAACUGAAAGAAUCAGUGAAAAGUCUUCACGGGCAACUUGAUCACGAACUGUUGGAAAAUGGUGCAAAUAUCAGUGUUGGAGAACGACAGUUGAUUUGUUUGGCUCGUGUGCUGUUGCAACGAAACAAGAUCAUCGUCUUGGAUGAGCCUACUGCAAAUGUAGAUCCAGAAACAGAAAAAACAAUCUUGGGCGUAGUGCGUGAAAAACUGAGAGACUCUACGGUCAUCACUAUAGCUCAUCGAUUGAACACCAUCAAAGACUGUGAUAAAAUUUUACUUUUCAAACGUGGAACGGUAGCAGAGUUCGACAAAUUUGACACUUUGGUGAACACAGAAGAAAGUGAGUUGCGUGAAAUGGCGCGAAUUGCAAGUUCCAAAACAACGUAACUUCAAAUAGCCUGUUAACUAUUUCUCAGCCACUUUCUGUAAUUCCUUUAUUAGCUAUCUUAUGUAAGCACGUUUUGUUCACAAUAUACUGAACUUUGCCAGCUGGUUUUUAUAUUUUAAUUAUUUGUGGCUCGUGCUACUUUACCAUAAAGAAGUGUUCCUCACUGUUUGUCACGUUGAUUCGUAUCAGAAAGAUCGCUGUUUCAGUAUACUUGUCGACCAGUGUCAAGAGAGCUAUAGUAGCAGCUGGAAUAUUCCUUUAGAACUUUUUUUUAUCCUCAUUGAAGUAUUUUCUGUAUCGUA